CGCAGCACCCGGUUGCCGUCCUCUAACCCCCGGAUAAAUUGUACCGCGUGCGACAGGAUGACAGCCUUGCUGGGCGUGCUGUGUGCUGUCCCCGGAUGGUUGCCCAGCGCCGGAUCCUUCAGCGUCGUCACCAGGUUCAUAAGCUCCGCGUACCCCUGUCGGAUCUGGUUACGGCGUCUCUGCUCUGAUGCAAUAUGGUUGGAUCGCCGCUCGUCUUCCGUCAGAACCAUCCGCUGCGUUCCCCCUUUCUUGCUGUCCCUCGCCGUUUCCCGUCGCCAAUGCUGCCGCUGACGGACUUGUUAUCGCCGGCCGAUACCGGUGUCUCUGGCGCUGCAGAUGUGCCUGUCUCUAAUGAAAUCGCUGCCGCUCCCACUAGUGAGGUGCUGUUUUCUCUAAAUGUCGACUGUACUUCGCGCAUGGGCGACCACACAUUGCCUCGCGAUUUCCGCGGCUGGUCGAUCUGCUCGCACGACGCCUUGCGCUUAAUCAACAUGUCCGAGUCGGGUGACAGCUGUGCGCCGUGCUGCCCAGACCGUAGUCGAAUAGCGAUGACCUACGCAUCGGCAACAUCCAUUGCUAUCCACUUUGCCAUUGUAUCGGGCGGUCCAAGCGAGCUCAUGUUCGUUGACAUGUGCCCCAGCCCGUGCGCUGCUGUUGCCGCCGCAUCUUGUGCGGCCUCGUCCAGUGAUAAAUGCGGAAUAGUGUCGUCCAUGCUUCCCAUCAUGCCUGCGCCGAUUCCCAUGCCCAUGGCGCUGAAAUCUGCCCGCGUUGAAAAGUUGGCCAUUGGCGGCGGCGAUGCAAGGUAUGGCCCGAGAUCGAAUCCCUCCACGUCAAAGCUGUUGAGGAACGAGUUCAAGUACGUCUCCUCGUUGCUGUCAAACAGAUUGUUGAGCGCCGGGUUGGGAUUGCUGCUGUUUCGAGCUCAGGCGGCCGCGCAGGGUGAAUUUGUUGAACUUCAGUGGGGAAAUGCGGAAAUCGUGACGGUUGCUGGUAACUGUUGUAUUGCUGGUAACUCUGGUGCUGAUUUGGAAAAGGUGACAACGAAGCAUGCGGUGCCUCCAGUUGAUGCAGGCCGAGCGAAUUGGCGCUAUGGCCGGCGUGCAAACUCCGGUGGCUGA